AUGUUAAGAACUUCAAUUCUAUUUAUACCGACAAAUAUGUUUAGGUCGGUUGCCACGAAAUCAAACAUUUCUAGAUAUGGUUUCAUAUCUAAUUUUAUGAUGACUCAAAGAUUCCUGCUAUCCACCACAAAUGUUUCAUUUGAUCAUAAUCAAAAUCAAAUUAAUGAAAUGUCCCAAGGUUUAAAAGGUUUAAAAAAAGAUAUAGAACUGGAAAAACAAAGAAGAAAAUUAUUUGACAAGGACCCUUGUUUGCAGAAAUUGGCCGAAGACUUCUCGCCUAAUGAGCAUAUUCAUUUAAAAGAAUCAGAGACAGAAUUUAAUGACUCUUUUACACUCGACGCGAAACAACAUGCAAAGAAUAUAGCAUAUAUGUCUUCUUUGAAACAAAAUAAAACAACACUAGAUGAUCAUAACCAUAAUCAUAUAUCAUGUCAUUCCCAUUCCCAUUCUCAUUCUCAUUCUCAACCGAACCCUUUGCUUGUACUAAGUUCAAAUGAAAUCAAAAGGAAUCCUGCUGUUAGAAUUACAUGGAUUGGUCUAGCAAUGAAUAUAGGGAUAGCAUUAGGCAAAUUUGUUGGUGGUGUAGUCUUCCAUUCUCAAGCUCUUCUAGCAGAUUCAGUCCAUGCAGCAAGUGAUCUUAUUUCAGAUGUCUUAACUUUGUUCUCUGUCAAUUGGGCAGAACAGAGACCAACAGAAAACUUCCCAUAUGGUUAUGGGAAGGUAGAAACUCUAGGAUCCCUGGCUGUGUCCACAAUUCUAACUAUGGCUGGUGUGUCUAUAGGUUGGAGUUCAAUCUGUGCUAUUGUAGGUCCUAUUAUUCCACACACCAUUUUGGAAACAGUCACUGCAUUCAUGGGCCAUUCACACGCACAUGUAGGACAUUCUCAUGGCGUUACCACAGAAGGUGUUACCAAUAUUAACGCCGCGUGGAUAGCUGCCGGGUCUAUUGUCAUGAAAGAAUGGAUCUUUCAAGCCACUAAAAAAAUUGCUCUCGAUACUAAAUCAAAUGUUUUAUUAGCCAAUGCAUGGCAUCAUAGGGUAGAUUCCUUGACUUCUUUCGUCGCAUUAGUAGCUAUUACAUCAAGCUAUUUCUUUGGUAUUCAAUCAUUAGAUUCAAUUGGUGGAUUAUUGGUCUCUGGUUUAGUCAUUAAAGCAGGCACUUCAGGUAUUGUUGACUCGGUGAAUGAACUGAUAGAUAAAUCUUUACCUCACACAGAUGAAAGGUAUAUCGAAAUCGAGACUAUCAUAAAAGAAAGCUUAUCUAAAUUGAUCUCUAACAAUAAUUCGGAUAAACCCUAUAAGAUCAAAGACUUGACUGUAUUGCUAUCAGGUAGAAAUAUCAGAAUAAGUACAGUUUUAGAAGCACCUUUGCAGAGAUGGAAUAACGUCUUAGAUAUUAAAGAAUUAGAAAAUGUGACUAUAUAUUUAAGAACUAUGAUAAAACAUAAUAUACCACAUGUAACAAAAAUUAAUAUCGAUUUCAUAGAAGAAAUAGAUCCAUCGAAAGAAAAUGAAGAAAACGGGCAUGAAUCCACUUUCGAUAAUCAUUCUAGCCAUGAUGAUAGUAUUCAUAAUUCACAUAACCAUAUACAUACCCAUACAACUUUGAAUAACAGUACUCAUACACAUAAACAUUAA